CACACACACACACACACACACACACACAUACGCGCGUGUUGUUGUGUCAGCAAGGAAAAGCCAAAAGGGCAGCGGCAGCGGUGUUCAGCUCGCGCUGGUGGAUUUGCGCACUUUGCUGUGCUACUGUGGUUUUGGGCGCUUCACACUUGGCUCUGCCCUAUUUGUUGCUGGCGCUUCGAGGCGAGCAACAACUCUUGACGUUCAUCUUUGUACCCUCGCCCAUCCAGCCGCCAUGGACGCCUCUCCCGAUGUGCCUUUGCAGCCCAGCGGCGGUCUUCCCGGUCAAGAAUAUUACGGGGAUCUGGCCAACUAUGAGGUCGAGCGCAAGGUUGGCCGUGGCCAGUUUAGCGUUGUCUACCGUGCCCGGUGCACCGUUGACAAUCGCUACGUUGCCCUCAAGAAGGUCCAGAUCUUUGACAUGAUGGAUGCCAAAGCACGCUCGGAUUGCGUCAAAGAGAUUGAUCUGCUCAAGUCUCUCAACCAUCACAACAUUAUCCAGUACCUCGCCUCCUUCAUCGCUAACAAUGAGCUCAACAUUGUGCUCGAGCUGGCCGACGCUGGAGAUUUGAGUCGCAUGAUCAAGCACUUUCGCAAGCAACGUCGCCUCAUUCCUGAAGCUUCCAUCUGGAAAUACUUUCAGCAGCUCUGUUCCGCUCUCGAGCACAUGCACACCUGCCGCGUGAUGCAUCGAGACAUCAAGCCUGCCAACGUCUUCAUCACGGCGGAAGGUGUGGUCAAGCUCGGUGAUCUCGGCUUGAGCCGUUACUUUAGCACCAAGACCAACGUGGCCCAUUCGCUCGUGGGCACACCCUACUAUAUGUCGCCGGAGCGCAUUCGGGAACAGCCCUAUCACUUUGCCUCGGACAUCUGGUCCCUCGGUUGUCUUCUCUACGAGAUGGCUGCUUUGCAAUCGCCAUUCUACGGCGAUCAGCUCAGCCUCUACACUUUGUGCAAGAAGAUUGACAAGUGCGCAUAUCCGCCCCUACCCGCCGAUCUCUACUCGGAGCAAUUGCGCGCCCUUGUGGCCAUGUGUAUCCGAGCCCAGCCCGAGGAGCGGCCGGACAUUGGCUACAUCCAUCGCGUUGCACAAGAAAUGAACACGCGUUUCAAUGGCCCUUCACGCCCAGUCAGCGCAGCGCUCACCAAGUCAGCCGUGGUCUAA